CAAUUUUGUAGUGUAAAUACAUCAAUAAUGCCUCGAAAGUACGUAAAAACUGCCGGCUCAAAGGCCUGCUUCAAGUACGCACAGGAAGACUUGUCGGCCGCGGUGGCAUCCGUCGAGAGUGGUAAAAUUUCUAUCCGCGAGGCUACGCGUGGAUACAGUGUUCCGUAUGGCACUGUUUAUAAUCGAAUUCAUAGAUUGGGCACCGGAAAACACGGCGGACAGACCGUUUUGAAGGACAACGAGGAACGUGAUCUAUGCGAGGUGAUACAGGUAGCAGGGGAAUGGGGAUUUCCUCUCACCAAGUCGGAUAUACGAUUCCUCGUACAAAGUUAUUUGGACACAAACAAACGUGAAACAAGAUUUAAGAAAAAUCUGCCGGGAUAUGACUGGAUUUGUUUGUUCCUUCUACGUAACAAGUCAACACUAUCCGCAAGGUUGUCAGAAAACAUCAAAAGAAGUCGUGCAAAAGUGAAUCCAGAAAUAAUCAACGAAUAUUUUGAUAAGCUCGCCAUCACUCUUCAAAAUGUACCUCCGGCAAAUAUAAUUAAUUUCGACGAAACCAAUUUUACCGAUGAUCCGGAGUCAAAGACAGUGGUUGUGAGAAAGGGACAAAGACAUGCCGAAAACAUUCUCGACCAUUCCAAGAGUUCAUUUUCGGUCAUGUUUGCGGGAGCUGCUAAUGGAGCUGUAUUGCCACCAUACAUUGUUUACGCCGCGUUACAUCUGUACCCGACCUGGACUGAAGGUGGCCCGAAAGGUGCCCGUUAUAACAGAACUAAAUCUGGAUGGUUCGAUACGAUGGUAUUUGAGGAUUGGUUCCACACAAUCGCUUUUCCAUACUUUAAAAGUUUGAAAAAUGAUGAUCCGAAGGUAAUAAUUGGAGAUAAUGUGGCAUCGCACUUAUCGUUCAAAGUUUUCAAAAGCUGCCUCGAUAACAAUAUUCGGUUUGCGUUCCUGCCUCCAAACGCUACUCAUAUUUGCCAACCGCUAGAUGUGGCGUUCUUCAGGCCACUGAAGAAAUCAUGGAGGCAAACACUUGAAGAUUGGAAAAAGCGCAGUCGAGGAUCCGUCCCCAAGCAUCGCUUUCCUGGUUUGCUGAAGGCGGCCAUAGAUGACAUUCAGAAGAACAGUGCUCAAAAUAUGCGAUCGGGAUUUCGAACAACUGAAUUUACCUCUCAAUAA